AUGCCGACGGUCGACACCACCUUUGCCGCCGACGCGCCGGCGUGGCGCACCCGGCUCGUGGAAAAACUGCACACUGUGAUCCAGAGCUCGCCCAGCAGCCGCGACGCUGAUCUGCGCUUUGAAGGCUUUCGCCCGCUCUCCCCAACAACGUCCGACGGCGUCACGCGCUACAAGCGCAAGGCGCGACAACACUACUCGCGCUUUGACGAGGUUGUCGGUGUGAGUUCGUAUUCUGGGCACUUUAACUCGGUCGCGCGCCUCCUCUUCAACACUGAGACCUCGACGUGGCAGGCGCAUCUGCGACAAAUGCACGGCACGCGGUACGUCGACGGCGCCGUCCUCGCGGUUCUCGCCUCGCACACGGACGCACACAACGACUUUCAGUGGUUUGGCGUCAAGCGCCAGACGCUCCAGCUCGCAAUCGGUGGCGCGCCGUGGACUCGGCCCCGCGACGCCAUCUUCUACGAGUUUUGCGGCACGACCAAGGACCGAGAAGGCCAGCGCGCUUUUUUAUCUGCGUCGGGUGUCCGGCUACAGCUCAACGAGUGGGUUCUCAUCACCGAGGCCCACGACGGCGGCCUCGAGGCGGUCCAAUACUACCAUGCUGACCCGGGCGGGCACACCCCCGCGUUCGUCUUCCAGCGCCAUGCACUCAAACAGCUCUCGUUUUGCCCACGUGUGCGGGCCCUCGCCAACAAGCUGGCCAAAUCGACGGACCAAGAUCAUGGUCGCCACGCCCCCGCGCCAGAGCCCAAAGCGCUGGACGCACGGCCCAGUGGCAUACGGGACAGCGCCGCGACGGAAGCAUCGUCGGUGGGCCGCGCGUCGGCGGCGAUGGUCGAUGACAUGCGCCGUGUGCAAGAAGCCAUCUCGGAGCAGCGCAACUUGGUGCACAUGCUGCAGAUGCGCAUGACGAUCCAGUCCAUGGCCAGCACGUUGCGCAGCAGCGAACGGCUCUUGUACGAACAAGACAUGGACGAGCUAGACGUGGAUGAGCUAGGUACCGAGCUAGACGACAUUAGUAUUUAA